CAGCAGAGCAGCUCUAGUGCCCCGGGGGUGCUUCAGCAGCGGGAACUGCCCCUGAGUGCGGUUACCAGGCCGUGGGGCUCGAGGCCUCGGAGCAGCAGAGCGCUCCAUGCAGCCUCCUCCCGCUUCCAGGAGGUCAUGCUGACCAGCGAGCGGCCCUUCUCCCGUGUGUCUGACGGCGAUGUGGCGUUCUUCGAGCAGAUAAUGCCAGGCAGAGUCGUCACAAAUGCGGAGGAAUUGAAACCAUUUAACGUGGACUGGCUUAAAUCGGUCCGAGGCUGUAGCAAGCUGAUGUUGAAGCCACAGACAACAGCAGAGGUGUCUCAAGUUCUCAGGUACUGUUACGAGAGGAACCUGGCAGUGAACCCACAGGGGGGUAACACAGGCCUUGUUGGGGGCAGCGUUCCUGUCUUUGAUGAGAUCAUUCUCUCCACUGUUCUCAUGAACCGGAUCACCAGCUUUGACAAGGUGUCUGGAAUCCUUGUGUGCCAAGCUGGCUGCAUCUUGGAGAAGCUCAACGAGUACUUGGAGGAGCAGGGAUUUAUCAUGCCGCUUGACUUGGGGGCGAAGGGGAGCUGCCACAUCGGUGGCAAUGUGGCCACUAAUGCUGGAGGCCUACGGCUCUUGAGAUACGGCUCUCUCCGAGGGACAGUGCUAGGACUGGAAGUGGUGCUGGCUGAUGGCUCAGCUCUGGACUGUUUGGCCUCUCUGCGCAAAGAUAACACUGGCUAUGAUUUGAAGCAGCUUUUCAUCGGAUCUGAGGGGACCUUGGGAGUUAUCACUGCUGUCUCCAUACUCUGUCCUCAGAAACCAAAGGCUGUGAACCUAGCAUUCCUAGGGUGUCAGAGUUUCACUAAGGUUCUGGAAACAUUUACAACCUGCAGAGCCAUGCUGGGAGAGAUCCUGUCUGCCUAUGAGUUCAUGGAUGAGAAGUGCAUGGAAUUGGUUGAAAGACAUCUCAAGCUAUCCAGCCCAGUGACAGACAGCCCUUUUUAUGUUUUAAUUGAAACUUCGGGCUCCAACUCAACCCAUGAUGAAGAAAAAUUGAACAACUUCCUAGAACAAGCCAUGACUUCUGGUUUGGUCACUGAUGGAACUGUGGCAACAGAUGAGAAGAAAAUAAAAACGCUGUGGAGCCUGCGGGAGAGGAUCACAGAGGCCCUUACUCACGAUGGCUGUGUCUACAAAUACGACAUCUCCCUCCCUGUGGGAAAGCUGUAUGAUCUUGUGACUGACACCAGGGCUCGGCUGGGCCUGAGUGCCAAAAACGUGGUGGGCUAUGGCCACUUAGGAGAUGGAAACUUGCACUUGAACAUCACGGCAGAGUCCUAUAACCAUUCCCUGCUGGAUGCCAUUGAGCCGUUUGUGUAUGAGUGGACUGCAAGAUACAACGGCAGUAUCAGUGCAGAGCAUGGACUGGGCUUCAAGAAAAAGCAAUUCAUUCAGUACAGCAAACCCAAGGAGGCAGUUCUUCUAAUGCAGCAUUUCAAAGCCAUGUUAGACCCCAAAGGGAUCCUCAACCCGUACAAGAUGCUGCCCUCCAGUUCCUGA